GUGUCGAUCGGCCGACCUGCGGGCGGCCAAUGCCACUGGCGAUGGCUGUCCAGGGGCGCGGGAACCGGGCGUCAAUUUUUCCACGUUCUGUGUGGUUCAGGGCGCCAAGAAGCCGGCGGGUGCUUCGUCUCGCCGCCGGCCGAGACUGCCACGUGGCUUACGCACGCGCGCCGACGGAUGCUGGAAGCGGGUGACGUGGCGCUGUUCCGGCACACGGGUGGGGAGCUCAGUCGCUACGCCCAUGACCUUUUGAAACACAGACCGGAGUUUGACACCCUCGAGCCGCCAGAUGGCGCCACGUCAGCAGCAGGCAAUCUCUGGCCGCCACGUUGGACGAUCUGCUCUUCCUCCUUCGAUCGGCCAAAUGCUUUGUCGACCGGCGGCGGCACUAGACCUGAGUUCGAAACCCUCGAGCCGCCAGAUGGCGCCACGUCAGCACGAGAUAAUCUCUGGGCGCCACCUGGAACGACCUGCUCCUCCUCUGAUUGGCCUACCGGUAGUGGUUUGUCGAGGGGUGGCAGCAGGCCACGUGUCUGGCCAUGGUUCGUUCUCGUGACCUCUCGUCAUCGUCUGUACGCGUCCGCAUUCAACGUAGAAGCGGAGUGGAUGGGCAAUCAUGCGCUUCACGUUCCACAUUUAUUCGGGGCCGUGUACGACGACGAUGGGGGAGACGGGAGAGAUGGGAGAGAUGGGAGAGAGGAGGAGAAGUCUGGGACUGUGAAGAACUGCCUGAUGGUGCGGAGAUGGCAGAGUAUGAACGGGCUUCGUCUCGUGGUAAGUGGCCUCGCUGUAGCACUAGGACAUCAUCUGAUUCUGCAGGUUGCGCGGCGGGGUAGGUUCAUGGCACUCUUGGUGUUGCGUACAGGUGAUACUCUUGUUGACCCAUGCUGCGGGUCGGGCACAAUUGUUUUUGAAGCCCAGAGGCGUGGCAUACAUUCCGUGGGCCUGGAUAUCCAGCAAGGCAUCCUGCUGCAUGCUUCUGAAAACCUGCAGCACGUGGGUGUACAGCAUUCCGUUGGAUGGGGACCGUCCUCCACGAUCAACGGCCCUCAUAAUUCUCGUAAAGCACAGUGGGAGUCAGCGACAGAUCAAACUGCGAAUUGUGAGGGCAACAAGGGGGGCAAGAGUGGGGAGCGCAACUCCGCACCAACGACAAAGGCAUUUUGUGCUGAACAGGUUCCCGCAAGUCUAGCUUCAUCAUUCUGUCGCGAUUCGCCAAGGACGAUGCGUGACAAUUCUCUGCCCCAGGACCGGGAGAGGCAGGUGGUCAUGCCCGGCAACGCCGGCAUCAUGCGAAACGGUGCAGCCACAGCUCCGGCAGAGCAAUCACGUCUUGACCUGGACUAUGUGAUCGCCGCCGAAUCGACCGCUGUGCCGCCAUAUGCAUCAUUAGAUUCAUGCGAGUUUGCUAUGACGGCAGAGAGAGUUCUCUCACAGAGGAAUGGGGAGGAGGUUCUCUCACAGAGGAAUGUGGAGGAGGGGCUCUCGAAGAGGAAUGAGGAGGCGGUGCUCUCACAGAGGAAUGAGGAGGCGGUUCUCUCCCCGAAUGAUGGGGAGGAGGAAAACAUGCCAAGUGUCUCUCCGGCAAGACAUGAAACACCUUGCACGCGUGAGUUCGAAGAACCGCCGCUCAGCAGAGUCAGGCAGACAUCGGACUGCCAGCCAUUGAUGAAUUCCUCCCUUAGGAUUAACUGCUGGGAAGAUCCCAGUCCGGGUCGACCAUCCCCUCAAGGAAUCAAUCUGUCCACAGAAGGCAGCCAGUUACGGACACCGGUUGUUGCGCAGAACGGGAGAUCGGAAUGUGUUGCAUUCCUUGAGCAGGAUGAGAUUUGCGAACAGAGGAGCUUGCUAGAUGAACAUGCACUUCCUGCCUUGUUGCCCCACACACGUUCUUCACAACACGAUCAUAGAUUGAUAUCUUUGAGUGUGGGGAAAGCGCAGACCUCCGAGGAGGGAGGGCAAGCUCACACACAUGGUGGUAGAAAUGCCGGUCGCACAGAUUCGGUGCCUCCUAGGGCAGGUAAUAAUGAAGGGACGGGGGGUGAGCCUUCAGGUCUGGAAUCAAACCCAUCUAUCUCUACCCCUAGCUGCUUUCUCCCUCAUUGGAGCCUACCUGAGCACCUUCGGCGAAGAGCAGGGCAUAGCUCUGUGAAUGUCAGUUUGGGUAUCGCUGAUGCGAGGGUUGUCCGGUUCGAACCCACAGAAUGCGUCGUCAGCAACCUGCCAUUUGGCAGGUUCUUGAAGAUGGAGUCGGCUGAUGUGGCUGCGAUUCUACGGAACCUUCAAAGGCAAGCGAAGAGGUUUGUGUUCUUCGGAGGCGCACCGCUACGGCCGCUCCUCGAGGAUGCAGGAUAUAUCACCCUGCACGAAGUCUCCGUUUGCCCGCGGGGUAAGCGAUACAUGGCUCUUGCAAUCACCGGAAACUUCAAAGGCAAGCGAAGAGGUUUGUGUUCUUCCGAGGCACAGCAUUUACAGCGGCUGCUCCGUGAGGAUGCAGGAUAUCGUAUGUCACUCUGCAGCAGGACGUCUCUGUUUGCCCACAAGGUAAGCGAUACAUGGCUCUUUUGCAAUUUAGCGGUGAGUCAAUCCGGGCUCCGUCUAUGGGACCAGAUCCUGGCACGGAUCUGUUCCCAGGAGUGAGAGUUCACGUUAAGCUACCGUCUUUCCCCGAACAUAACACACGCUGAAAAUGAACGUAUACAAGCUGUCUUUCCGGUCCGAUGCAGUCAAAAUGAGGGUGCGUUGUGUUCGGGGGAAGACGAUAGCAGGACAAUGGCCCACUCUAAUGAUGAAGGCGAGGGCAACAUCAACUGGCCUAUUAUUGCUUUUUCCCCCCUCCUCCUAUUGGGCCCCGCCGCACGGCACACGAAACGAAAUCGAAACGAGUGCAUCUGCCCACGAAAGGUGGCAAAAUACACUCGUUACUAUUUAUAGCAAACCGAUGAACGUGGCCAUUUUCUGCAGGAAGAUGCACUCGCUCGUUACUAUUUAUAGCAAACCGAUGAACGCGGGUUCGCUCGCGGCCCCGAGGUUGCCAAUGUGGAAGCAAAAGGGGAAUGCAGCACAGAAGUCUCAAGCACAUGAGGACACAUUUUCUCAGAAAUAGUGUCUCCCCUCAUCACCCUCUUCCUCCUCCUCCUGCUGGUCGCCCGCCACUCUCCUCCCGCUGGCCCCGCGCCACAGGAAACAAAUCCACCUCGGCCGU